ACUUUUGGUUUAGGAAAGAAUAACAUGAAAAGUAUAGCAUGCUCCAAGUAUACAGCUUCUCGGUCGUCUUUAGAUUUCUGGUGGGCCUUUGCAUUGAAACCUAACUCUUUGUUUUGGUUUAAUUCGCUUCCUUUUCAAAUUAUGUCAUAGUCCUGCUUGGUUGUUUUUUUGUGUGUGCUAGAAGGCAGGGCCUGUGAGAGGAGACCCUCAGUUACAUCAGGGUUAAAAAAGCACAGGAAGUUUACGCACAGAGCAAAGCCAUUUGCUAGAAUUGGUUUUUAUCCUUCCGUUUCGAAAAUAAAGUUGCUGUUUGUGUUGGAGAUGCUGUCAUCAGAAUUCCGCGGCACAAAGAGAAAGAUACAAAAAUAUCUCUCUGACAUAUAACUUUCCCCCUUCUUCUAGCCCCUUGCUAGGAAUGCCAGAAGAGGAUCCUACGCUGACUGGAACCAUUAGGUCUUUUGUUUGAAUCCCAGUGAUCGAGAAAGAAAUGUGGUUCAUAAUCAGCUAGUAGUGGAGAAAAAAAGAACCCAAGGAGAUAGGAGAGCUGUUAAUUUCACUCGGGACAUCUCCUCGAGACUAGUUUACUCGGAAAGCCUCAAUGUUCCCUGGUAGCUGCAGGAUCUACUUUGGGGGCUGCCAAGUUUCCUCUCUCAUUCUUUCUCCUGCCCCAAGAGCAGGCAGGAAGGAAAGUUCCUGGACUGAUACUCGUCUGUUUAGUAGGCGUGGGUCCUGGUUGAAGUCUCUCUAGGAAAACUCGUAAGUGUAGAAAUCUUCUUCGUAUUACCACUGUCUCUGCAAUGAGAUUUGGGCUGCUUUGCUUCCAGCGUCACACAUCAUAACUGAGAGACAGGGUCCCUCUCUGUUGACCUGGCUGGAGUGCAGUGGUGCGAUCAAGGCUCACCGUAACCUCCAACUCCUGGGCUCCAGUGAUCCUCCUGCUUUAGCCUCCUGAAUAGCUAGGAUUACAGAGUUUUGCUCUGUCACCCAGGCUGGAGUGCAGUGACACGAUCUUGGCUCACCGCAACCUCCACCUCCCGAGUUCAAGUGAUUCUCAUGUCUCAGUCUCCUCAGCUUCCUGGAUUUUGCCACGUUGCCCAGGCUGGUCUCGAAUGCCAGAGCUCAGAAAGAUAAAAACUCUCCAGAUGUCUUCCAGUAAUGUCGAAGUUUUUAUCCCAAUGUCACAAGGAAACACCAAUGGCUUCCCCGCGACAACUUCCAAUGACCUGAAGGCAUUUACUGAAGGAGCUGUGUUAAGUUUUCAUAACAUCUGCUAUCGAGUAAAACUGAAGAGUGGCUUUCUACCUUGUCGAAAACCAGUUGAGAAAGAAAUAUUAUCGAAUAUCAAUGGGAUCAUGAAACCUGGUCUCAACGCCAUCCUGGGACCCACAGGUGGAGGCAAAUCUUCGUUAUUAGAUGUCUUAGCUGCAAGGAAAGAUCCAAGUGGAUUAUCUGGAGAUGUUCUGAUAAAUGGAGCACCGAGACCUGCCAAUUUCAAAUGUAAUUCAGGUUACGUGGUACAAGAUGAUGUUGUGAUGGGCACUCUGACGGUGAGAGAAAACUUACAGUUCUCAGCAGCUCUUCGGCUUCCAACAACUAUGACGAAUCAUGAAAAAAAUGAACGGAUUAACAGGGUCAUUCAAGAGUUAGGUCUGGAUAAAGUGGCAGACUCCAAGGUUGGAACUCAGUUUAUCCGUGGUGUGUCUGGAGGAGAAAGAAAAAGGACUAGUAUAGGAAUGGAGCUUAUCACUGAUCCUUCCAUCUUGUUCUUGGAUGAGCCUACAACUGGCUUAGACUCAAGCACAGCAAAUGCUGUCCUUUUGCUCCUGAAAAGGAUGUCUAAGCAGGGACGAACAAUCAUCUUCUCCAUUCAUCAGCCUCGAUAUUCCAUCUUCAAGUUGUUUGAUAGCCUCACCUUAUUGGCCUCAGGAAGACUUAUGUUCCACGGGCCUGCUCAGGAGGCCUUGGGAUACUUUGAAUCAGCUGGUUAUCACUGUGAGGCCUAUAAUAACCCUGCAGACUUCUUCUUGGACAUCAUUAACGGAGAUUCCACUGCUGUGGCAUUAAACAGAGAAGAAGACUUUAAAGCCACAGAGAUCAUAGAGCCUUCCAAGCAGGAUAAGCCACUCAUAGAAAAAUUAGCAGAGAUUUAUGUCAACUCCUCCUUCUACAAAGAGACAAAAGCUGAAUUACAUCAACUUUCCGGGGGUGAGAAGAAGAAGAAGAUCACAGUCUUCAAGGAGAUCAGCUACACCACCUCCUUCUGUCAUCAACUCAGAUGGGUUUCCAAGCGUUCAUUCAAAAACUUGCUGGGUAAUCCCCAGGCCUCUAUAGCCCAGAUCAUUGUCACAGUCAUACUGGGACUGGUCAUAGGUGCCAUUUACUUUGGGCUAAAAAAUGAUUCUACUGGAAUCCAGAACAGAGCUGGGGUUCUCUUCUUCCUGACGACCAACCAGUGUUUCAGCAGUGUUUCAGCCGUGGAACUCUUUGUGGUAGAGAAGAAGCUCUUCAUACAUGAAUACAUCAGCGGAUACUACAGAGUGUCAUCUUAUUUCCUUGGAAAACUGUUAUCUGACUUAUUACCCAUGAGGAUGUUACCAAGUAUUAUAUUUACCUGUAUAGUGUACUUCAUGUUAGGAUUGAAGCCAAAGGCAGACGCCUUCUUCGUUAUGAUGUUUACCCUUAUGAUGGUGGCUUAUUCAGCCAGUUCCAUGGCACUGGCCAUAGCAGCAGGUCAGAGUGUGGUUUCUGUAGCAACACUUCUCAUGACCAUCUGUUUUGUGUUUAUGAUGAUUUUUUCAGGUCUGUUGGUCAAUCUCACAACCAUUGCAUCUUGGCUGUCAUGGCUUCAGUACUUCAGCAUUCCACGAUAUGGAUUUACGGCUUUGCAGCAUAAUGAAUUUUUGGGACAAAACUUCUGCCCAGGACUCAAUGCAACAGGAAACAAUCCUUGUAACUAUGCAACAUGUACUGGCGAAGAAUAUUUGGUAAAGCAGGGCAUCGAUCUCUCACCCUGGGGCUUGUGGAAGAAUCACGUGGCCUUGGCUUGUAUGAUUGUUAUUUUCCUCACAAUUGCCUACCUGAAAUUGUUAUUUCUUAAAAAAUAUUCUUAAAUUUCCCCUUAAUUCAGUAUGAUUUAUCCUCACAUAAAAAAGAAGCACUUUGAUUGAAGUAUUCAAUCAAGUUUUUUUGUUGUUUUCUGUUCCCUUGCCAUCACACUGUUGCACAGCAGCAAUUGUUUUAAAGAGAUACAUUUUUAGAAAUCACAACAAACUGAAUUAAACAUGAAAGAACCUAA